AUGGAAAUUACCAAGGGAAUUCUGGAGAUAGGAGGGACAACAAGGGGAAAUUUGGGAAGGGGAAAUGGGGGACAGUUGUCCAACCAUAAAGGGAAUGGGAACCAAAGGGGUGAGAAGCCCAAGAGGAAGUAUUUCUGUAAGACGUGUGAGAAAGACCACCCAGGGAAGGACUGUGAGGGAAACCUGGUAACUUGUCGUUACUGUCAGAAGUUGGGACACCGUGAGUAUGAGUGUUUCAAGAAGGAAGCUGAUGUUAAGUCUGGGAAGGUGAAAGAGUCUAGUGCACCUAGUAAACCACCUCAGUCUAGUGGACCUACAACCAAGGCUGGAACCAGUAGCGGUGCGGGAGGUGCCCCAAAGGGUCGUGUGUUUGUGAUGAAUAGUCGGCAGGCUGAGUCUUCUAAUGAUGUGGAAGUAGUUGGGAGUCUCGGGUUAGAGAGUCCUGAGUCAGUUUUUCUAUAUGUGUCUAUUCCGUCUAGGGAAGUGAGGAGUUGUUCGAGAUUGUUUUUUAGCGUGCCUAUUUCCAUCUCUGGGGUUGAGUUUUUGGCUGAUUUAAUUGAGUUUGACUUGAAUGAAUUUGAUGUGAUUCUGGGUAUGGAUUGGUUGGGAAAGUAUGAAGCAAAAAUUGAUUGUGCGGCUGAAAAGGUCACCUUGACUAGCCUAAGUAAGACCAAAGUGGUGUGUAAAAAGGAAGGGAAAAGCUCAAGGUUAAGAAUUGUGUCUGCAAUGCAACUACAGAAGCUAGUUAAGAAGGGUUGUCCUUUGUUUUUGUGUAGUGUUCAAGAGGUUGAAAGUGAGGAAAAGAAAGGUGAAGAGGGUAUUCAUGUUGUAGAAGAGUUUCCUGAUGUGUUUUCGGUAGAGAUUCCUGGUAUGCCACCAGUGAGGGAUUUUGAGUUCACUAUCGAUCUAGUGCCUGGAACUGGACCUAUUUCGAAGGCUCCAUAUAGGAUGGCUUCAGCUGAGUUUAGGGAGUUGAAGACCCAGUUGGAUGAUUUAUUGGAGAAAGGUUAUAUUAGGCCUAGUUCAUCACCCUAG